GCGACCAGGGAGCAGCUCAGUCCCGCCUCCAGGAAGAGAAAACCAGAGGCCGGCGACGCCAUGGACGCCGAGAUGGGCGACAGCUACUGGGAGGAGACGCAGCGCUACCUGGAGUACGAGGAGCUCAGCAUCUACCUGGAGGCGCAGGAGGACGCCAUGUCCUGCUACGACUCCAGCUCGCCGGACGGGUCCAAUAAUUCCCACUCGUCGUCGGCUCCGGCGGGUGACAAGGGCGCGUCCGGCGGCGGCCGCGCCGCGGCGGGGGGAAACAAGAACAUCAUCGUGGAGCGCGACCGUCGCCGCAAGCUCAACGAGAAGCUCUACGCGCUGCGCAGCGUCGUGCCAAACAUCACAAAGAUGGACAAGGCAUCCAUCAUCAAGGACGCGAUCGAGUACAUCCAGCAGCUGCAGGCGGAGGAGCGGCAGGUCCUGCAGGAGGUGCGCGCGUUCGAGUCCGCCGGCGGUGGCGCGCCGCCGCCGGAGGAAGGCUUCGAGCACGACGAGGGCCUCCUCCUCCUGCAGGCCGAGCGGACGAAGAAGAUGAAGCGGGCGCGGUCGGUGCCGUCCAUCGUCGCCGCCGCGCCGCCCCCGCCCCCGCCCGUGGAGGUCCUGGAGCUGCGCGUGUCGGAGGUGGGGGAGCGCUUGCUGGUGGUGAGCGUGACGUGCGCCAAGCGCCGCGACGCCAUGGCGCAGGUGUGCCGCGCCAUCGAGGAGCUCCGGCUCCGCGUCAUCACCGCCAGCAUCACCGCCGUCGCCGGGUGCCUCAUGCACACCGUCUUCGUCGAGGUAGAUCAGAUUGAUCAGGUCCGGAUGAAGGAGAUGAUUGAAGUUGCUUUGACCCAGCUCGACGCUACCAGAAGCCCCCCUAGUUCCAUGAGCUGUUAGAAGGAGGGCUAACCAUACUAGGCUACGAUGAUUUGCCGUCUAGUUUAUCGAUCGUCAACUCCGUCCCGCGUUCAUAAGGAGUAUGUUGUGUUUGCUAUAUGUGCUGCCCCUUUUUCAACAUCCCCCUUAUGCAUAUGGGAGGUGAUGGUUGUUUUUCUAGGGGGCAACAGUACUUCAAGAGCUUAGAUUGUAGUAGAGUGUAGACUAAGAACGUAUGGACUUCAUGUUAGUUCUUCAUGAGAAUGGCAUGGCAUAUGCUUCCGAACUAUUACAAGUAUAUGGUAAUGAAUAACAAGGGGACUCACCUUUAGAGAAUUUUGGCACGCAA